CAGCCCCCAGGACAAGCACGGGAGGGGCAGACACAAGCCCCGGUCAGAGGGACAGGAUGGAGGGGCCCGUGCUGACGCUGGGGCUGCUGGCUGCCCUGGUGCUGUGUGGCAGCUGGGGCCUAAACGAAGAGGAACGGCUGAUCCGGUACCUGUUCCAGGAGAAGAACUACAACAAGGAGCUCCGGCCCGUGGCGCACAAGGAGGACAGCGUGGACAUCUCACUGGCCCUCACCCUCUCCAACCUCAUCUCCCUGAAAGAAGUGGAGGAGACCCUCACCACCAAUGUGUGGAUCGAACAUGGUUGGACAGACAGCCGGCUACAGUGGGACGCCAAGCAGUUUGGGAACAUCAGUGUCCUGCGCCUGCCCUCUCACAUGCUGUGGCUCCCAGAGAUCGUGCUGGAGAAUAACAAUGACGGCUCCUUCCAGAUCUCCUACUCCUGCAACGUGCUCAUCUACCCCUCAGGCUAUGUGUACUGGCUGCCGCCCGCCAUCUUCCGCUCAUCCUGCCCCAUCUCUGUCACCUACUUCCCCUUCGACUGGCAGAACUGCUCCCUCAAGUUCAGCUCGCUCAAGUACACGGCCAAGGAGAUCACCCUGAGCCUCAAGGAGGAGGUGGACCGAAAGAACCGCACCUACCCAGUGGAGUGGGUCGUCAUUGACCCGGAGGGCUUCACAGAGAACGGGGAGUGGGAGAUUGUUCAUCGGCCAGCAAGGGUCAAUGUGGACCCCAGCGCCCCACUGGACAGCCCCAGCCGCCAGGACGUCACCUUCUACCUCAUUAUCCGUCGCAAGCCGCUCUUCUACGUCAUCAAUAUCUUGGUGCCUUGUGUGCUCAUCUCCUUCAUGGUCAACCUGGUCUUCUACCUGCCAGCUGACAGUGGGGAGAAGACAUCAGUGGCCAUCUCAGUGCUGCUGGCACAGUCUGUCUUCUUGCUGCUCAUCUCCAAGCGGCUGCCCCCCACAUCCAUGGCCAUCCCGCUCAUCGGCAAGUUCCUGCUCUUCGGCAUGGUGCUGGUGACUAUGGUCGUGGUGAUCUGUGUCAUUGUACUUAACAUCCACUUCCGGUCGCCCAGCACCCAUGUGCUGUCCGAGGGCGUCAAGAAGCUCUUCCUGGAGACCCUGCCUGAGCUCCUGCACAUGUCCCGCCCGGAGGAGAAUGGGCCCAGCCCUGGGGCCCUGGUCCGCAGGAACAGCUCUCUGGGCUACAUCUCCAAGGCUGAGGAGUACUUCUCACUCAAGUCCCGCAGUGACCUCAUGUUUGAGAAACAGUCAGAGCGGCACGGGCUGGCCCGGCGCCUCACCACUGCACGCCGACCUCCACCAGGCUCUGAGCAGACCCAGCAAGAGCUCUUCAUUGAGCUGAAGCCAGCUGUGGACGGGGCCAACUUCAUCGUCAACCACAUGAGGGAACAGAACAAUUACAACGAGGAGAAGGAUUGCUGGAACCGGGUGGCCCGCACUGUCGACCGACUCUGCCUGUUUGUGGUGACGCCCAUCAUGGUGGUGGGCACGGCCUUGAUCUUCCUGCAGGGCGCCUACAAUCAGCCUCCCCCUCAACCUUUCCCUGGAGACCCCUUCUCCUACCGAGAGAAAGAUAAGCGCUUUGUCUAGGG